UCCUCUGCAGACUGAAACAAACACUUCCGUGUGUGUUGUUUGCAGGUUUUUUUUCAGAGCAACACGUGGGCUCGAAAAACCUCCCCCUUUCACAUUUCUUGACAACUUUCACUUUACCCAAGACAUUUAUGUUGCGACUAUCAGUGACUCCAAGACUACUAAAAUUUCACCCCGAAAUUAGUAGGUUUUGCUGCAGAAACUCGGCUGAAAAGGUUGUGGAGAGCGUCCCUUCUUGUUUGACUUUAAAAGGUUGGACAUCAAUUUGCAAAAUGAGUUCAGCCACUCCGACCGACCUGACUGAAAUGGCCAAGAAAUCUGCUGCUUAUGCUGCCGUUGAUGAACAUGUUAAGGAUAAUUCAUGUAUAGGUGUGGGAAGCGGUUCAACCAUCGUCUAUGCAGUGGAGAGAUUAGCACAACGUGUCCAUGGGGAGAAGUUAACUGUGAAGUGCGUACCCACCUCAUUCCAAGCACAUCAGCUGAUUGUAAAUAAUAACCUCAUAUUGAGCGACCUGGAAAGAACACCAGAGUUAGACGUCGCCAUCGAUGGUGCCGAUGAGGUAGACUCUGACCUCAAUCUCAUUAAAGGAGGAGGUGGUUGUCUGACCCAAGAGAAGAUUGUUGCAUCUAAUGCCAAGUACUUCGUUGUCAUAGCAGACUACAGGAAGAAAUCCAGUCAACUAGGAGAGCAUUGGGAUCGAGGUGUUCCUAUUGAGGUUAUUCCGCUUGCCUAUAAACCCAUCAUGAUCGCCCUCGCUACACGGUUUGGCGGUGAAGCUAUACUCAGGAUGGCAAAGAGCAAAGCGGGUCCGGUUGUGACAGAUAAUGGUAAUUUUAUCCUGGACUGGAAAUUCAAGUCCGUCCCUGAAAGCUGGGAAAAAGUGAACCAGCAAAUCAAGAUGAUCCCUGGAGUCGUAGAGACGGGUCUUUUCAUCAAGAUGACAAGGCAGGUUUACUUUGGCAUGGAGGACGGCAGUGUUUGUACAGUUCCAGAAACAGCUCAACAGUGAGUCAAACAAACAAACAAACUCAAUAAGGUUACCUGAAAUGGCUCAGCAGUGAGUCUCCACUCCCCUAUUUAAAGUUAUAAACAAAAUCUGUUUCAAAAGAUGGCAAGAAUUUCUUUUUUAAAGUCGCCUCGUCAUAGAACAGGAUCGUACGUAUUAAAUUGGCGCUAAAAUAAAUUCAUUUUAAAAGUCACCAUGUCAAGUCACAGACCUAUGCGCGUUAAAUAAUUAUCGCAUGACGUACUUUUGUUAGUUAUGCUCAUAGGCUCGUCGUACUUUUGAGGACGAAAAGAACUAGACACAUUAUGCAAGCAGCAGUACAACAACCAUUUAAAAUUUCAAGCUUUUUACAAAGAUUAGAUGCACCCAGAAUGGUUUCAAAACCUAAAGCAAAUUGGUGCUAUAGUCAUUCUUGAUCAUAGAGCUGUGUAUAUAUUGACUAGAACGCUAACUUGCUCUGCGUUUUGAAGCCACCCUGGGCGCAGACAUGUUUGAUGUGUUGAGUGAC